AUGGAAUCUAAUGCAACACACAAUAGUACCGCAUCCUCAAACAAUGGAAACAAUAUUCCCAUAGCCAUAGCUUAUUAUAUCAUAGCCAUCUUCAUUCUUCUUGUCAGCCUUCUUGGAAUGGUGGGGAAUGGUACCGUCAUCUGGAUGCUUAGUCGCUAUAUCAAGCGGAAUCCUUUCACCACCUACAUCCUGAACCUUUCCGUUGCUGACUUUGGUGUGCUGGUGACCUUAGGAGUCAUUUAUAUAUGUUGGGUUUUUGGUGGGCUGCAUCCUAUUGAGUGCCCUUUGGGUGUAACUGUGUUUGUGUUAUUAUUUCCUCUUUUCCUUUUCACGUUCAGUACAAGUCAAUUUCUGCUGGCAGCCAUAAGCAUUGACAGGUGCAUUUGUGUCUUCUUCCCACUUUGGCACAAGUGUCACCGGCCAUCCCAUUUGUCCACCAUUUUGUGUGUCACAAUAUGGAUCCUCACCUUCCUGUUUUCUGUUAUUGUUAAUGCCUUCACAUUCAUUCUUAGAUAUCCUGAAUUGCCAUAUUAUCAGUUUCUCCUGAAUGCUGUGCUUUUCAUGCCAGCCAUGUUUAUCUCUACUAUAGCUAUGUUAAUUAAAGUCUGCUUCAUGUCACCGCACCAUAAACGGGGGAAGCUUUUAACAGCCAUCUUGGUGGCCCUUCUCUUCUUCCUCUUGUUUGCUUUUCCAAUGAAUGCUGUUCAGCUGGUCUUCACAGACCACAUUCCUGCUUCUUCCCACUAUGCACCCAUUGGUGCAUCUCUUAAUAGUGCUAUUAAUCCUGUCAUUUACUUCUUGGUAGGAAGAGAGAAGAAUGCUCAGUCUGGGAGGAGAAUAAAGAAAAUAUUGGAGAAAGUUUUCCAGGAGGAGGAAUCUUGUAAGGAGGAAUGGCAUUUCUCACUUGUAACACGUCUAUGA